GUGACGAGGAGCUCCUCUCACAACACCAUGACAGCAGCACAGAGCCAGCAGAGCUCCUUCCGCCGCGGCUGAAUGGAUUACCUACAGAUUCACCUCUCUCGGAUGGUUUUGCGCAGAAGCUCCUCACAUUAGUUCCCACUCCUCCCUGAGAGGACCCGCUGCCUUCUUCUUCUUCUCCUUUCUUUUCAUGAUCACAUACAUCACCGACACUGUGGACACUGAAGGCUGAACAUGCCAAGUGCACUGAUCUGAGAGCUGCUCUUGACUUCAGAGUCACAUCAGCGCUGCUGGGUGGACGCGCGGCACGGCUGGAGAGGAUUUCUGCAACAAUUUGUUGCAAACACUGCCAGGGGCGAAGUCAUGGUGCCGGUACCGCAUCGGCUUCUCAUGGCACCGUGAGAACUUUCUUCCUGGCUCCCCCCUUUUAUUGUUUUAGAUGUUUGUCAGCCGGAUCGUGCUUCUUUGGGAAAUUAUCCACCGUUUCCCCUUUCAAUUAUGUUCACUUUUGCUGCCUUCUGCUACAUGCUGUCUCUGGUCCUCUGUGUGUCCCUGAUCUUCUUUGCAAUAUGGCACAUAACAGCUUUUGAUGAGCUCCAGGCUGACUUCAAGGUGCCGAUCGAUCAGGGCAAUCCACUCCAUGCGAGGGAGAGACUGCGGAACAUCGAGAGGAUCUGCAACCUGCUGAGGAAGUUGGUGCUACCAGAGUACUCCAUCCAUGGACUCUUCUGCAUCAUGUUCCUGUGCGCCCAGGAGUGGCUGACUGUGGGCCUCAACAUCCCCCUGCUCUUCUACAACACAUGGAGGUACUUCCAUUCCCCAACGGACACUAAGGAGCUGCUCUACGACCCGGCGUCCGUGAUGAACGGUGACACACUCAAGUUCUGCCUGAAGGAGGCCUGGUGCAAGCUGUCCUUUUUUGUCCUCUCCUUCUUCUACUAUCUCUACUGUAUGAUCUACUCCUUGGUUACCUCAUAACAACUGAUGUAUCAGCGACACUGGAGAGAAACAAAAAAAAACCUCUGGAUACACAGACUGCCGUUGUCUCGGCCUAGAAUUGAGAAACAGGAAAUUUAAAAGUUAAGAAGAGAAAGAAAAACACUUUCUUUUUGCUGUAAAGCCAAACAAUGGACCAGACGGAGGUCGAAGCUUCUUUUCUGCUUCGUCCCCUCGAGAAGGACGGGCAUGUUUUAUGCUCGACUGUAUAUAAAAACUGAAAACUCCUGUUUACAGUUUGACUGGUCAUAGAGAGACCUGAGUUAAUCACUGCCUGGCCAACGUUUGUACCACAAUCUCUCUCACACACACACACACACACACACACACAUCCACAGCCUCCUCUGGAGCGAUACCGUACUUACUGUACAGUAGCAGCGCCGGUAGCCCAGAGGACGAAGAGCACAGUAGCGUUUGCACAGUUUGUCUCAGGCACAGCAUGGUGAAGCACUGUCCAGCCCAGCACAGCUCACCGACCCUCAUUCAUUCCCCCUCGUCGCCUCGCCGACCGUAGCUUCACCGGCGAGCCCAAAACGUGGGACAGGUGAACGAGCGGGCGGACGGAUCACACUGUACAGAAAAGAGAACGCUCUGAAACACCAGAGCAGCCAGUUCCCCGAUAUCCCCGAUAACCCCCCGGACGGCACAUACAGUCCAUGGCCUGUGGGUUUUUCUUUCUAACAUUACGUGAAUGGCUUCGUGUGACGUGUGCAUUUUGGUGUAUUCUUUAACAAAAGGCAUUUGUAAUUGAAUUAUGAUCUACCGCAAAAGGUAUUCUAUACAGCAAAUGCCUUCUUAGUGUUGUCCUAGUGUCGUUCUAUUGUGGAAAACCUUUCUAAAACUAAAAACUGACACCUGUCCAAGCUUUUAUAGUAGAGGAGCACACAUUCUUUGCACAAAUAGUGUCUUGCACAAUAUUCGCAAUAUUUGGCUAUAUAUUAGAGAUCAUACAUGAUAGUCUAGCCACACAGGUGAAGGUCUUCCAACAUGUAAAGAACUAUCCAGUCCUGUUUGAAGAUGGGGCGACAAUGUGAAUCUUUUCUAGCUCAAUUUACACCACGGACCAAAAUGUUGUCUAUUAAAUUGAUUUAUUUAUGUCUCUUUGUCGGAUACUGAUGGCUUGCCUCCAUGCUCUAUCUUAAAAACACAUAUUAUUUUCCAGUGUAACCAAAUCAUGAUAAGAGUGAGUAGUGAGUAAAGAAGACGUGAAAGGUGCCACGCAUUAAUCUGUCUUUCUCUCUGAGUUGACUGGAGCAGAGGGUAUUGCUGUAUAAUGAUUCCCAGAGAGAAACUUGCACCCUUUCAUAUACAGGUCAGAGGUCAAAAGUCAGGCUCAGCUACUGCAGCUGGAAGGAAUUCAGUGUCUUGCUCACAGAAACUUUAGCAGGGCAGGUGCAUCUUCCAUGUGUAGCACAGUUUUCUAACCACCGGGCCACUCUCUUUAGAUCUUCACCAUCAUCUUCACACGAUGAGCUCACUUCGUAAGGACUUCAAGGAGCAAAUAGGAAUGCCCAAUUCUUGUCGUUUUCUCUUAUUCUAA